AUUAGGCUCAGACUUAAUAAGAAUUACUUUAUAGGCUACUACAAGGAUACUAAUAAUCUUUUCCACCUAAUCAGAUACCUAGCAGUUAAACGAGCAGCAGGCUUAAAGUUAAGGAUCCUACAAAACCUAGCAUAUAUACUAACCACUCUAUCUCCUAGUUAUUACCACACUAGUGGAAAGCUCUAUAAUUAUAAAUAUAGGUUAAAUAAUAUUCUUAAGUCUAACCUAUACUAUAUUGUAGAGCCUCUAGCAGAUCAGGUUCUCUCUAAUAAUAUUAAAAUCACUAAAGAGCGCUUUUCUAUCCCGUUCUUUAUU